UAAGACGUACGUUUCAAUGCAAAAUAUCGACAAAGGAUUUUUUUUUUGGUUUGUUUUGUUUUUAUGUCCUUUUCCACGCCGUUCUGUUUUUUUCUUUUUCUGUUAUGGUGGCAGUUAUGGUCCGUGUAGUUCUACAUGACAUGUGCUGUUAGUGGAACGUACAAUAAUAAAACUACAGAUGUGAAACGGAAAUGUACUGUCGUCACAGGAUGCAGCAGCAAGUAUUUUGAUUCUCUGUGUGCGAGCAAGGCGGGAAUAGUUACGAAGUAGGAUAACGUCCGAAUGGCAGGAGAAAGUUAAAAAAAAAGGAUGGGUAAAUGUAAAUUCAACGACAAUUGGCUCUCAAUAGGGCAAUUUGCAGACUGGCUGAAACGCGUUCCCGCUGAUGACAGUGAGGCAUACUGCACGUUUUGCAAAAGAACUCUUAAACUCGGGACCCUGGGCAUCAAGGCACUGGAGUCUCACACAAAAUCCAGCAAACACCAGGAGUCGGCAAAUGCAGCACGCAAUUCCCAUGGAAUUGCCCAGUUCUGUUCAGUAGCAAGCAGCACGUCGUCAAUAAAUAAUAUGGGUAAUAUUCGUGAUCUAUUGGGCUCCACUGAUACAAUGAAGGCAGAAGUUCUGUGGGCGCUUAACACAGUGGCUAAACACCAGUCAUGCAGAUCCAAUGACGGCAUCGGAGAGCUUUUCCAAGCGAUGUUCCCCGACUCCACAGUUGCCAAAACAUUCCAAUGCGGGAGAGACAAGACGUCGUACAUACUCCGAUUUGGAGUGGCAGAGUUCGUCAAAAAAGAGCUUAUCUCAAAGGUGACCGGGCCCUUCGUCAUUAUGUUUGACGAAAGUCUUAACCACGCAACAAAGAGGAAGCAACUGGACCUUCACGUAAGGUACUGGGAUGACGGCCAGGUACAGUCCCGGUACCUGGGCUCACAAUUUAUGGGCCAUGCCACAGCAAACGACUUGCUGAAGGAGAUCAAAGUAAGUGCUUUUUUUGUAUUAUUUUUAUCCACUGAUUGGUCGUAAAAAUGUCACUCUUGAUUAAAAUUAAUAGAAGUACUUUUGGCCAAUCGCUGCGUUUCUUACAUCUGGAGUAACAUCUUGUUACGGGGUAGCCACCUGUCACACCGGGUUUAUCGUAACGCAACAUUUCCCCCAGCACCGGUUGUUGCAUAACAACAACAUGGCCCCAGAUGUCGGUUGCUGCGUAACGCAGCAUAGUUGAUUUGUCAUUGUUGGGGAUGUAUGUUAUUCGUCGGUCUCUGCAUUACGGCAGGGAUCAUACAACUUCCGUGUUGCGGUAGUUUUAUGAUCCCAAACGUAAUGCAAAGACCGACGAACGAUUUCAUCUCCUGUUAUGAAAAGGGGCUCCAUUUAAAAUCGGAAGGUGUGUGGCUGCGCGUCUGAUCCGCAUAUACAGUUGUCUCUGUCACCAUGUCCAAAACGUUUCUUAGUGAAAAUAUUUUGAUCAUUGGGAGAUUUGGUUUAUUCAUUUUCUGAAGUAGUGCUCUGCAAUUGCUGUGUGAGAGAAUGAAUGAGGACAUCUGUGUAUUAAAUUGCCUUCUCUUAAUCAUAAUUUGUACAUGCCUCCUUUUCAUUGCCCAACCUUUACAUUCUGCUCCCAUUACUUAUUUGUAUGCUAGCUGCACAUAACUAUUGCCUGUGUGUGUGAUUUUGUUGUUUAAAUAUAUGCUAAUUUAAUUGACUGGUUGAUUUGUUUCCUUCCCUUAGGAAUGUGCGGGCCACCUGGACCUCAGCAAGCUGAUUUCGAUCUCAAUGGAUGGUCCAAAUGUGGACAAGAUCCUCAGGGCCUUGCACACAUUGUUGCAUAAUGUUCCCGCAAGACGAGAGGACUACGAGAAGACCACCAGGUCUACCCGCUUCCCGUUGGCAUGGUGUGGGCACCGAUGGCUGGAAAACCUGCCUGUCGUGAUACGAGCGUUGGAUAUCUGGUCAUCUAUGCUGGUGUACACCAAUGCUGUGAGGAGAAAGGAGCUUCCAAAUCCUGGCACUGGAAGCUUUGCUGUAAUCGAAGAAGCCCAGAAAGAUCCCCUGACUCUACCUAAGCUGCAGUUUUUCAGGAGCAUCGCCCAGCUGUUUGAUCAGUUUUAGAGGAAGUACCAGACUGAGGAGCCGGUGAUGCCUUACCUAGGCAAAGAUCUGGCAGAGUUGAUCAAGAGUCUGAUGCGUCGUUUCGUGAAACGAGAGGUUCUGCAGGACAUCACCACAGCCCAGCUUACCAAACUGGACAUAGGGGACACCAUUCUCCAACAGUUCGAUGCUGCGUUGUCUGUGGAGUGCAGGCAUGAAGAUUUCAUCUCCUUCAAGCCAAUGCAAAAGAGGCUAGAUGUCUUCCUUCAUGGCUUCAUCGGCAAGGCAUACCCAGAUCUUUGGGCGUUUUGCAAGACCCUUUUACUGCUUUCUCAUGGUCAGGCGUCUGUAGAGAGAGGCUUCUCAGUGAACAAAGAGAUCGAGACGGAGAAUAUGCAAGAAGAAACAUUGGUCGCACACAGGCUUGUUUACGACUACGUUGCAAUACAUGGGGGCGUUACCAAGGUUCCACUUACACCUGACCUAAUGAAAUCUGUCAUGGCUGCCAGGUCACGGUACCGUGUGCAUUUGGACGAACAGAGGAAGAAGAAGGAGACAGAGACACAAGGGAAGAAAAGGGCACACGCGGAGGAGCAGUUACAAGACCUGAAAGUCAAGAGGGACAGUCUACAUAAAGUUACUGAGAGCCUGGGCAAAGAGGCAGAUGAGUUGGCAGAGCAAGCAGAGGGCAAGGCUGGGAGCAAAAUGGCACAUCUGAUUUCAAAAUCAAAUGCUCUGAGGAGGGCUGCCAAAGACAAGCUCUCCCAGCUGAAGGUUCUGGGGGAUGAAAUUGCCACCAAAAGUGCAGAGCUUAAAAGCAUGUAAAUAAUGUAAAUAAUAUGUUUGUUUCAUUGACAAUAAA